AUGAAGAGCCAAGUUUUCAUCGUUGGUCCAGGCUAUGUUGGUCGCGAGAUCAUUGACCUCUUGCUGGCUGAGGGACAGUAUGAGAUUACUACCCUCGUUCGCCGGGAGGCUGCUGCCAAGGAAUUCGAACAAGACGGAGUGAAGGCAGUUCUUGGUGAUCUGAACGACUCAAAGUUGAUUCAGAAACUGAGCGCCCAGAGCGAUGUGGUCUUCCACACUGCAACUGCCGAUCAUUUGGAGUCUGCUCAGGCAAUCCUUGCCGGAAUUGAGGAGCGUGCAAGUCAGGGCAAGAAAACUAUUUACCUUCACCAAAGCGGUGCCAGCGUUCUCAGUGACGCCUCACCCGGCAACAAUGUCAACGACGAAGUUUUCUCAGACAAGACGCCUGCGCAGGUUGACACUUUGGCAGACACUGCGCCCCAUCGCAAGAUUGACCUUGCCAUCUUGAAGGCCCGACAGAAGGUCGGCAACAUGGCCCGGAUCUUCAUUUGGAUGCCCCCUAUCAUCUAUGGCAACAACAGCAAAUACAAGCGUCUCUCUAUCCAGGUCCCGGCAUUGACCCGUUUUGCUUGCAAACAUGGACACGCCGGCUACGUUGACAAUGGCAAGCAGGGAUGGGGAGUAGUUCAUGUCCUCGACCUCGCAAAGGCCUAUGUCCAGGUUCUCCACUGGGUUGAAAAGGCCGAGGAUUCCGACCCAGAGCUGCAGAACCCGUACUUCUUCUGCGAAAGCGGAGAGACCACAUGGGGACAGGUUGGUGAGAUGAUUGGAAAUGGCCUCUAUAAGGCCGGAAGAAUUUCUACGCCCAAGGCACAAUCCAUCCCCGAGUCCGACUACGUGGACCUGUUUGGACAGUUCACACCUGAUGUUGUUGGUUGUAGGUGUCGCAAUCGAGCUGAUAGGCUGCGGGCUAUGGGAUGGAAGCCUGAGCAGUUGGGCUUCGAGGAAGCGUUUGAGAAGGAGGACUUGCCUGUGUUGCUUGCUGAAAAGGGGGAGUUUAAGGCUUCUGGUAUGACGCUUUCGUAA